CUCGAUGCUGCCGUACGUUUCCUUCUCGUCUCUCCUCUUCUACGGCGGAAGGAGGAGGGCAUCGGUUGCUCGUUUCUUCCAAGAACGCAUCGGUUGUUGAUUCACUCUGAAUAGUGGUUCCUGGCAAGGCUUGUCUUUGAAUAAAUGGUGAUGCACACAUUUGUUACAUCACCAGCACCAACAGUACAAUGGCCAGCUUUUCUUCAUUCCCAGAGAUUAUUAGAGAAAAGAAGCCUUCAACUCAGCCAGAAUGGUCAUGGACAUUCUGUUGCAUUUGCCAGAAAAAUUUCUCCAUCCACAAGGCUACGUGUCGUGAAUUCGAACGCCACUUGUGCGGCAACUCAGACUGAAAAGCAAACUGCAAGAAGUCGAUCAUCGACGAUCUCAACCACUCCCACAAAAGAUACCCAGAAACCUAUGAAGCUUGACGAUGGGGGCCAAGGGUUCCCUCCAUGGUUUGGUGGCGGCGGGGGCGGUGGGGGAGGAGGCGGUGGGAGUUCAUCGGGGGGAUUUUUUUUGUUUUCUUUGUUACUAUUUUUUGAUUACUUGAAGGAGCUAGAGGGGGAUGACCCUUUCGAUGAUAGGGGAAGGAUGUACUAAUUAAUAUUUCAGAUACAUUCCACGAUAGCAUCGCAUCGCAUGCAUCCCUUUUCUUGUUGCAAGUAAUUUCUUUUUCAUGUAUAUUCCAUAUACCAGUUCGGAUCUUUUGAAUAAUUAAUAAUAUUCUAAUUUGCUGUUUGAUUCUA